AUGGAUCUUUACGUUUGGCCCUGUAGUGAGGGUAUCGAGUCGUUUGAUAGUGACUGUCUUGUUGUCAUCACUUAUCUACGACUUGGUGGAUGUCUAAUUAACUUAAACUCUUGUCGAGAUUGUGAUAAGUCGGACUUUCAUAACAUUCCGCUCUUGGUCCAUGGCAGUAAUACGGUUACAACGGUCUCAAAGAUAAUAAAUUAUUUGCGCAAAGAGAACUACGGGUUGGAAUACGAGCUUUCAGACGAGGAGUUAGCCCGUCUCGAGUCUCUCGUUACUUCGGUGGAAAGGCGCGUAACGCCCGCCUGCCGUUGGCUUAUUUGGGCUGACUCAAACGUUUAUCGUUCGUAUACAUCAGCUUUCUAUCGUUCCAAUCUCUCUUAUCUUCAAGGUUUAUGGUACCCUCGGCGCUGGCGGGAUAAGUUGGUAGAGGCUGCAGAAUUUUCUCAAUUAGCUCUCUGUACUAAUCGCGACGCGAAGGGUCGUCGCAGGAAUGUUGAAAUGACACUCUACGAGGGAGCCAUACGCUGUCUUACUGCCCUCUCCUACAUUCUAGGCGACAAGCAGUUCUUCUUUGGCGAUAAGCCCUCGGCCAUCGACGCAUACGUGUUUGGACGUCUGUGGCCGUUGCUGAACUAUGACCGUUUGUGUCGCCAGCAGGAAUCAAAAAUUUGUCACCGUCUCAUCAGCCACAUUUACCAGUGUGAAAACCUCCUUAAUCUUUGCGGUCGAGUGCAACGCCUUUGCUUCCCUGCUGCAAUCAGCACAAUGCGCUCCUCUGCUAACGCGCAGACGGAGGUGGACGAGAAGGCCGGUGUUAGACGUGGCGGAUGGUUGUCCUCUCUCUUCUCCGUACCCACUGUCUUGCCAUCGUGUCUUGUGCCCUUCCGGGACAGUCUUGUUUUCGGUUUCCUCGCUCUUGUUAUACUCGGUGUUUUUGGUAUCGGCUCGGGUCUCAUCGGUUUCAGUGCGGAAGAAGAGGAAGCGGAGGAUGCGGGAACGGUAAUGCUGGAGUCGGGGGAUUUCGCUGACUUCAUUGAAGUCGAUGAAUAA